AUGGCAGAAACCAAUGAUCAAUACGACCUCUACAUUCGCCCUCCGACCCCGCCAGACUCUCCUCUGAGAUGGAAGUUCACUCCCAGAGAGCUCGCCAGCCUCCGACAUGUCUCUACUCCUCCUGGCAUUGAACGACAGCCUGAGUCCGAACUAGAACAAGAACAAACGAGUGCUGUUGACGGACUCUCCGCGAGGGUCAAAAAGCCCAAAGUUCCCUUCAAGCCUCCAGCACUCGAAUCACUCUGCACGGGAGCAAACGCAGACACUCCGAUUCCGCAAAUAUGUGCUCCUGGAGCAGGAAAGAAGAAGAUCACAGACAUGGCCAGCGCCUUUGCCUCGCAACCACAAUGCUUGAACUCACUACCUGGAAACGCAGAGAGGGCCAUUUCGGGAUCAGAGCCCUACUUCCACCGACAUGAGACCAUUUACAAACGGGUAUUCAAGAAUGGAGAACCUGUCGAGACUAUCACGCAGACAUGCGAGGUUUCUGGCCUCGAUCCGUUCGAGAGAUCGGUGGGAGAGAGCGUAAAGGCGCCGGACGAGACGGAAGAGUCCCUGGGCGAAGCAAAGAAGAAUGCAAAGCUGAAUACUAAGGACAGUAGUACCUGCGAGGAGUACUGUGGUGAAGAGGAGGAUGGGGACGAGGAGGAGUUCGCCGGAUUAUUCGUCUAA